CUUAGCAACUGCACAGUGCUGCAGAACCGUUUGGGGGAAGUGACGUUUAGGCGCAAGCACGCACAUUUAGAGCGCGUGACAUCAGCACGGGGUGAGGCCGGGUUGAGACGGAAAGAGAAAAUGGCUGUUAAUGUUUAUUCCACUUCUGUGACCAGCGAUAACCUGAGUCGUCAUGAUAUGCUGGCCUGGAUCAACGAGUCUCUGCAGGUCAAUAUAACCAAGAUAGAGCAUCUGUGUUCAGGUAGUGCUUAUUGUCAGUUCAUGGACAUGCUGUUUCCUGGCUCUGUCACGUUAAAAAAAGUGAAAUUUCAAGCAAAGCUGGAACAUGAAUACAUACAAAACUUUAAAGUCUUGCAAGCUGGGUUCAAAAAAAUGGGUGUCGAUAAAAUCAUUCCAGUGGAUAAAUUGGUAAAAGGAAAAUUCCAGGACAACUUUGAAUUUGUGCAGUGGUUUAAAAAGUUUUUUGAUGCAAAUUAUGAUGGGAAGGAAUAUGAUCCUGUUGCAGCUCGACAAGGUCAAGAGUCAGCACCCACACCAAUGCUCGCUGCUCCAGUGAUGAACAAGCCUAAGAAAGCUCUGGGCUCCACUAACUCAGCUCCACAAAGGACUGUGCCAGCGCAAAGGACUGUGGUACCUUCAAGACCUGCCCCAAGCAUGGGCAAGAAAGUGGCUGUAGGGAACGGAGACGAUGAAUCAGCAGAGCUAAUCCAACAGAUAAAUGUGCUGAAGAUCACAGUUGAAGAUUUAGAGAAAGAAAGAGACUUUUACUUCGGUAAGCUAAGAAAUAUUGAGCUGAUCUGCCAGGAAAAUGAAGGGGAUACCGACCCAGUUUUGCAAAGGAUUGUGGAAAUUCUGUAUGCCACAGAUGAAGGGUUUGUCAUACCUGAUGAAGGAGCUCCCCCAGAAGACCAAGAAGAAUAUUAAUGGCACUGGCCAAACAAUCAAGAAUUUUUGCCCAAAUCAUGUGCUUAAGUGUAAAAUAUUCCCUGUUAUUCUUAGAGGGCUGUGUCUGCACAGAGGGCAUAGUACCCCUCCUAUGAAAGUAUACUUUGCCAAAGUUUCACUCAUUUUACAAUGGUUUAACAAUGGAAAUGUUAAUCAUUUUGUAGCAGAGAACUAUUUUAAACACCUGUCUGAAUAUGAAUUCUGGAUAACGGCUAGUUAUUGGUGUGCAAGAAACCAUAAAUGAGAUGUUACAAAAUGAAAUUUGUAAAAGGAUAUAGGACUUAAAUUGUUAGAAUGUAACAUCAAAUGGAAAAAAAUGUACAGAUUAUACAGAUGCCUUAAGGAGUUUAAAUAUGCUUUCAUAUCGAAGCUUGUAACUUGGGUCAAGAGGAGUAUUCUAGUAAGUGAUAUUUUGGUACUUGCAAGUUUUUUAACUUCUAUAUUGAAGUUGAGGAUCUAUGUCAGGAAAUGUUGGUUUCUGCUGCCUCCUACCUCUGCUGUCUGCAAGCUGUUACUUUUGUAUGCAGAUCUAAUCCGCUCAGGUCCCUGCAGCUACUCCUGGCAGAUUCAUUUGGCCAUACUAAAAUGAGAUGAAAUUACUGAGGCAUAGUGACAAACACCUGGAUGUUCAGCAUAUUCCCAUCUACAUCCUUUUAGUCAUUUUGCCAACAUGUAUUAUUUAAGAAUUUAUUAUUUUUUAUUUUAUAUAAGGUUUUUGUGCUCUGUACUCCUAGAAUUUUGGGUUAUUCAGUCCCAAACACAAUAGCUGGUUUAAGAACUAUGUAAUGCAUGAAUGUGUGAAAUACAGAGAACAUUCAGUAUGUGUCUGCCAGUUUCUUAAAAAACCCAGCUACAAUCGAAGUUACAUUGGCACAUUUCCUAAUUCUCUUGUGGCCUUUUUAAAACUUUUCAUUUUUCCCUUUAAAUCUUCAAUUUUACUUAGACUUGUUUUUCAUGUUCUCAACUUUUUUUCUACUUUAAGCCAUUUCUAAAUAAAAAAAAUUCUGUAUUUCAA